AACAUUUCCGUCAUAAUCCAUUAUUACCCGUCGAGUGCACAAUUUAUCAAUUACUCGCGCUGAUGGGGGGGGUAUUCGGUUAACGUGAGUGCGACCACUGCUCCCAAGCCCAGGUUGUUGCCUGUGACAACCCUGUGGUUGUCCACCAGGUGGUGCUGCUGUAACCUGUGUGUUUGUUGUAAUCAGCAGUGAUGGGACCCACCUGUGGCACCUGGUUCCAGUAGAUAAGAGGGCUGCAGAACAGGCUCUCGCUCGCUCUCAGCUGCCCUGCUCGGUGCAGCAGGACACCACUCCUCUGUUCUGUUUUAUUGUUGGUUGUAACCACUGUGUUGCAUAAAAUAAAUGAUUGUUUUGGGCAACUGUGUUGAGCUGUUGUCCUUAUGUUACAAGCAGAGCCAGCUUGUAACAUAAGGGGGCUCGUCCGAUCCAAGAACCAGGUGAUAGUUGUUUACUUGAAUUGUUUGCCUUGAUUGUUAGACAGGUUGUUCCUGGUGUGGGGCAUUGAGGAGUAGCUUUGGAAUUACAUUUCCUGAUAGGCAUAAGCAACAUGUCCUUCAGGGGAGCUUGUUGGUUUGUUAUUUUUGUUUGUUAUUUUUGUGCAUAAACAUGAUUCGACAUUUUAUUGUCAUGGGUACACGUCCGUGGCUGUCUUGGUGAGUAACAGCUUCGCUGGGGCUUUACCGGGUCAUUGGGUAAGUGUUUAAAAAACCUGUCGUGGCAUGCAUGAAGACUAGGGUGAGACAAGAUAGCUAGUAUUGGGUAGGCAGUUAGCUAGGGGAGAGGUAUUCCAGAGUGAAACAAAAUAUAUAUAUAUAUAUGUUUAGGUGUCUGUGCACCAGGUUCAAGGGAGUUUGCAUAAUCGUGGCUACAUUGACAGAUUUUGUGAAGUGUCCCAAUGUGGAACUGCUGGAAAAAUGUACUAAAGACCAACUGUUAAAAAUUGCAGAGCAUUUUGAAGUAGACGUUCCAAAGCAGGGUCGUAAAGACACCAUAGUGACUAUGUUACAGGCCCAGUUGAUACUGCAAGAAGUUCUGCCAGCAGUGGCUGUCGAUGAUGGCUCCGAGGAGGAGUUGGCUGUGAAGGCAGAUAUAAAUCCAGAGCGGCAGAGAAGUGCAGGUUUUUCUUUGUUUGACUUUGGUGAAAUGACAUUGGAACAGAGAAAGGAAAUAAUGCUGCUGCAGUACCAACAAGACAGUGAACGUCUCGCUCGUGAGGACCGGGCUAGAGCUCGUGACCAGGAAACUGAGAUGGAGCGUUUGAGGUUAACUACAGUGGUGCGGGAAGCUGAAUUGCAACAAGAGCGUUACAAGUUGGACCUCAUCCAAGAGGGUAAGCUUUCUUCUGGGGUGUCCCCAGCUACUUUUGAUGUAGCUUAUAACUUGAGGUUGUUACCGAAAUUCGAGGAGAAGACUGUAGAUUCUUUUUUUGGACUUUUUGAGCGACUUAGCCAAAGACGACAGUGGUCUGAUUCAGAGAAAACAUUGCUGUUACAGUGUGUGUUAACUGGUAGGGCUCAAGAAGCAUUUUCUGCAUUAAGUACGGCUGACAGUGAAGAUUACUUAAGGGUAAUGACUGCAGUGCUAAAGGCUUAUGAGUUGGUGCCUGAGGCCUACCGUCAGCAGUUCAGGAAGCUAAGGAAGUCAGAAGGACAGACCUAUGUGGAACUUGUUCGGGAGCUGACGAUGAAAUUUAAUCGGUGGGUCACGGCUUCCGAAGUAGUAAAUCUUAAUGAUUUGAGGGAACUGUUCCUUCUUGAACAAUUAAAAGAUAUCCUUCCAGAACGCGUUGCUACGUACCUGAAUGAGCAUAAGGUUAAAAAUGUAACAGACGCCGGGGUGUUAGCUGAUGAAUACACGUUAACACACAAGAUUCAUUCAGGGGAGAGAUUUGACUGGGGGAGCAGAAAUAACUGGUCUGGUGACCCCAGAGGUAAAGUAGAUCUAAGUACUUGCUACUUUUGUUUGGGUAAAGGACACCAGAAAAAGGAAUGCCCAGUACUUGCAAAAACCAAGCGACUCCAAAAUGUUCAGUUUCCCAGGCUGUUGCCCUUGCAGCUUUUCCCCACCAGGUUGCUAGGGAUGAGGCUAUAGCUGCGGUUAAACUCUAUACUACCCCGCAACCAGUUGCUGCUACGGUUUCUAACUACGGACCAGCCCUGCAAGAGGUGAAGCCUCGCCCCUCCCAGUUGGCAGAUGAAAUUGAUUCAGGGUAUGCCCCUUUCAUACGAGAGGGUUAUGUGUCUUUGCAAGGAAGUGAAACAAUAUUCCUUGUUAAGAUACUGAGAGACACAGGUGCUCUCGAUUCAUACAUAAGUGAGGGUGUUCUUCCAUUUUCCUCGGUAACGGACACUGGAAGUGGUGUAUGGUUCAAGGGAAUGGGGAUGCAGUUGCUGUCUGCUCCAAAGCGUCGGUUGGUGUUGUCCUGUGAUUUACGGCAGGGUGAGGUUGCCAUGGGAGUCCGGCCAUCUUUGCCUGUUCCGGGAGUGGCAGUCAUCCUCGGAAAUGAUUUGGCUGGCGGCAGAGUGUGGCCUGAUGUGCCUCUUUCACCAGUGGUGUCCUCUAAGCCAGUGAGGGGCGAGCUUGCUGACCCUGCGAAGAAGCUGACAAAGAUAGUUCCAGCUUGUGCAGUAACACGAGCCCAGACCUAUAAAGCACAAGAUAAAAAAGUCAUUUCUGAGAAUAUUGUUUUGGCGCUACCUGUUGUUCCAUUGUCUGUCUCUCGUAGUGAAUUGGCGAAGCAGCAGCAGCAGGAGGGUCCAACUUUGCAGGAGCUCUUGUCCCAGGUUCGCCCCGUUGAGGAAAUCAUCAGUGCAGCCCAUGGGUAUUUCUUACAAGAGGGGGUAUUGGUAAGGAAAUGGUCGCCUCAUGGUGAGGUUUUUGUUGGGGAAGCAAUAUUUCAAUUUGUCAUACCAGACAAGCUGAGAGAAGGGGUAUUGAAAACAGCGCAUGAUGAUGUUGCGGGUCACUUGGGAGUGCAGAAGACAUACAACAGAGUGCUGCGGUAUUUCUACUGGCCCAGAUUGAAGAAGACUGUUUCUGUCUUUAUUAAGACUUGUCAUACUUGUCAAUUAACGGGUAAACCUAACCAAACUAUUAAACCUGUGCCUCUGUCUCCUAUUCCGGCAGUGUCCUCCCCUUUUGAUCGUCUGCUGAUUGACUGUGUUGGCCCAUUGCCCAAGUCUAAGGCUGGAAGUUCAUAUCUGCUGACGGUGAUGUGUCAGUCCACACGUUAUCCUGCGGUUUAUCCAUUGAGGAACAUUACAGCUAAGUCUGUGGUGAAAAAACUGACAGAGUAUGACACAACUUAUGACACAGCUCAGCAGAUCAGGACUCCAGAUCUGCUGACCUGCGGUUUCUACACGGACCACUAUUGCGUGGACGAGUACAUUGCCAUCGCCAAAGAGAGACACGGCUACAACAUGGAGCAGGCUCUGGGGAUGCUCUUCUGGCACAAACACAACGUAGAAAAGUCUCUGGCAGAUCUGCCCAACUUCACCCCGUUUCCUGACGAGUGGACGGUGGAGGACCGAGUUCUGUUUGAACAGGCCUUCAGUUUCCAUGGGAAGAGCUUCCACCGCAUCCAGCAGAUGUUACCUGAUAAGACCAUGGCCAGUCUGGUUCGGUUUUAUUACUCCUGGAAGAAAAGUCGCAGUAAAACCAGUCUGAUGGACCGACAGACACGAAAAAACAAGAGAGAGAGAGACGACAGUGAAAAUGAAGUUGAGGACAAAACUCCUCCCAGCGACUGCGAAAUCGAGCAAAACAAAGAUGACAAGAAGGAGGUGAGUUCUGGAUCAGAGAGGUCGGAGGUCAAACCAGUAGCUAGUUUAAAGGUGGGCAGCAAGGCGUCUCAGCGGAUGAAGAAGCGGCCCCCCAGAGGAAUGUUCCUGAACCAGCAGGAUGUCGUCUGUCUGUCCUCUCAGCCGCCUCAGGGUCUCCUCAGACAGCUGGACUGUCAGCUGGUCUCCAUCAAGAGACAGAUCCAGAGCAUCAAACAGUCCAACAGCUCUCUGAAGGAGAAGAUCUACUCCGGAGUUGAUGACUUCAGACAACCAGAGGUGAAUCAGAAGUUUAACACCCGCUGGACGACGGAGGAGCAGCUGCUCGCUGUACAAGCCAUCAGGAAGUAUGGGCGGGACUUCCAGGCCAUCUCCGAUGUGAUUGGAAACAAGUCGGUGGUGCAGGUGAAGAACUUCCUGGUGAACUACAGACGAAGGUUCAACCUGGACGAGGUUCUGCAGGAGUGGGAGGCGGAGCAUGGGCUGGAGGGGGGCGUGGUUGAUGGGGGCGUGGCAGAUGGGGGUGGGGCCGAGGAGGAGGACAAGAUGGAGGAGAGUCCUGCUGAGGAUGAGGAGGUCGCUGACACAAAGCAGGACUCCGACUCCCAGAAGCCCCUGGCCUCGUGACUCUGACUCCGCCCCUCAUUUUAUUUUAUAUACAUUUCGUCUCCUGUAUUUAAUUAGUUUUAUUUUAUACUUGAUGCUGCAGUUAUUGGUCAGGUGGGUUACCUGUCGUCUCUCUGUGGACCAAUCAGAAACCGGACCUGUCACUCGGAGUGGGCGUGGCCUGAUUUUAAUCUGUGUGUGUGUGUGUGUGUGUGUGUGUGUGGGGGGGGGGGUUGGUCACUCAGGGCAGGAACAUAAAACCAAAGUUCAAUAAAAUAAUUUCCUUCUUCUU